AUGGGCAGGGACGGGUACCAGGACGACACACAACUCUUCACUAAGGCGGGGGUGUUGGCGGACUGCUGGCCCAACGUCCAUGCUGCUCUCGCGCGCUUUGCGAUGACUUGGAAGACGCCAGUCUGCCAGCCGAGGCCUGCCCGUGCGCAGUUCGAGACCGAGGCCAUUGUCGACGACCAGCACGUGGCGGCCCUGGCCCGCCGCGUCGCCGAGUUUAAAGUCACCCAGCCCAGGAUCGCUGCGAUUCACCUCGCCUGGACUCUCCUGUCCAAGUUUGGCGCGCGCUUCCGUGCUCAGGCCCCUUCGUUUGGCGCGCGCCUGGUGCCAUCCACGGCACCGGGCGCAGUGGCCGAGCCCGUGACCAGCAGUGUGAGAGAGGUGUUCCAGCACGACGCGGCGGCUCGCCGGUCGGACGAGCACGCGCUCGGCCAGUUGCGUCCUGCGGGCGCCCUCGGAGGGCGUGACCUCUGCCCCGAAGUCGAGCAGCGCGUCGCUGCCGCUGCGCUCUGGGCCAGCCCGGGUGUGCACGGAGCGCCGCGUCCCCCGCGGCUCGCUGGCGGCCUCGGCAUGGCCCAGUGGCGCUUGGAGCAGGUGGGCGGGCAGGGCGGCGUGAAGUCCACCCCUGGCAUCUGCGGGGAGUGCUCCAGCGGUCCGUGGGUUCAGCAUGUCGCAAUCGACGAGCCAGGCGCGCUCAAGCUCAUCCUGGAGGCCAGCUGCGUGUUCAACUACCUGGAUGCCCUGGAGGCCCGCCGGCUGUGGCGGGCACAUGGGGCAGAGGGGCAGACAGAGAUGUUGUCCGCUGGUGGCCCCAGCGUUUGCGCGAUGUGGUCGCAGAUGCCCGCGUCGCUGUGCGAGUACUUCCCGACGAGCUACUUUCGUUCG